AUGGGAAUGGGAGUAAGGAAUGCACUGAUCUGCACUCAUGUUAAGCUGUUUCUGUUGGAGGAAUCUCCUUCACAAGUUGGGUUGAGUGCUCAGGAUCACCUCCAAGCAAAGGCAUCGUGGUUGUCACAUUCAUCUGGCACAGGCUCGGAUGACAUUCUGCCCCCUGGAUUUGAGGGAGCGUAUUCGGCAAAUCAGCUGCAGAUUAACGUGUCUCAAAUUCCCUUAAUCAAAUGGAGAUGCCCUCCUAGGGUUGUGCUGAACUUCACUUGGCAAGUGGUUUGUGGGGAAGAAAGCAAAGAGGUGGAGAUUCAAAAUCAGAGAGAGAUAAGAGUACUGGAAGCAGUUUAUCCACGCCCAUCUGCCAUUCCUCUAAACCCCUCUGUUUUGGCAGAUGUUGAAGACUCUGGUCAUAAUGACGUGCAACCUCCUGUGAUACCUAUCACUUCCAUUGAAGAUGAAGAUGUAGGAGGCGACACAUCAUCUGCAUCCAUGGCACCGUUUAACAUUCACACAAGCUCACAGUCCUUUCUAUCGGUUCAGGGAAUUGCAGCUCCAUCUCAGAGUGUUGUACCUAACAAUAGAAGCCACCCUACUUCAAAUAAGCCAGUAGCUGGAAUUCCUGUUGGUGUAGAACCGGAUGUUGUAGCUGCUGCCUCUGCCGCCUUUGGUGCAAUUGUGAAUAGCAAUGAGCAUGGAAAUAUGAUUGACCAUGAAUUGCUCAUUAAGAUUCUGAGCAACCCAAAAAUGAUUGAGAAAUUGGUUAAAGAUCCACAGCCAAUGACAAGGCCACCUCAAAUGUCCAUAGCAGAUCCACCUCCUGUUCACAUUAACCGAACAGAAAGCAGCAGCACACCUUCAUCUACUGCUCUAUCAAGCGGACAUUUCUACCCUCAACCAAAUGUUGCUGGAAUGGGACGUUUUCCUGAUGCACGACCACCUCCCCUUGCAGCAAUUUCAGUUCCUUCUCCACCUGCUGUUGGACCUCCACCAGCAAAGGACAUCAACUAUUAUAAAAGCUUGAUUCAGCAACAUGGAGGAGACAGGCAUGACAGCUUUCCACCAUUUGGUAACCGUCAUAGCGACCAUUCAGCUAUAAACCAGGAAUCCAAUAAUGGCUACAAAUCAAGAGAUUCAAAACCUAAGAUAAUGAAGCCAUGCAUAUACUUCAAUAGUUCAAGGGGAUGCCGCCAUGGAGCAAAUUGUGCAUACCAGCAUGAUGCGUCGUUCCAGCCUCGGGGUAGUAGUAGUGCACCGGAGGUGCACGGUACAAAGAGAAUGAAAAUGGAUAGGGAGAUUAGCAGUUAA